GCUCAGACGCUUUUAGCGUGCUUGGUCUGAUUCUGAUCUAUCAUCUUGAAGAUCAUCUCUCCUUCACGACCAGGCACAAGGACGACCCGUGUUUUUAUUUCGGCACAUUCGAUAGAUAGGUGUGUUACCAGUAGAAAACGUUUCUCAUCACGGAUACGGUAGCAUAUUUCGAACCCUGAUUGUCAAGCGCAUCAAGAAGACACGUCUUCCCCUGGAAAGGUUUUCAACGAAGAAGUUCCAAUCAUCUAUGCAGUCUCAAUAGUAAACCUGAAGUAAUCUCCUAUCCAACCCGCAACAAAUCAUGGCGCCGCCCCCGGCCGGAGUUGACCAGCAAGCAGCUGGUGACCGCAUCAACCAGCACACCGAGAGCGACCACCCGCAAGAAAAAGCGGAAGGAAAGGCAGAGCAGAAGCCGCAAAACGAUUCGGAACAUCAACCGCAGCUUCGUCACAAAACCUGGAAGGCCCGGCCGAAGCGUUGCGUUUCCAACGACACAUUGCAGAAGAACAGCUUGAUGACACCAACCCAGAGGUACGAACUGUCCAAAAGCCUCCCGAUUCCGGAGCGACAGGCGCUGAUAUCGUAUUUAGAAACGUCCCCACCUCAGAGUUGUAAUGCAAAUCUGCAUGCUCAGAAUGUUUAUCAUUCGGAGCCCCAUGAGCAGCAUUUCCUCGUCGUGUUUUGAAGUUUGUGAUGCUCCAAUCUGCAUGAUAUACUAGAUCUGUGAUGCUGCUGAGCUAGCUCGAACAGCACUACUCUACGAGUCCGAAUUUGUCACGCGAAACAGCCAAAGCCUGUGGAUUUGUCUAGCCGAUUCCCCAUCUUGACUAUGGGGUAGAGACGUUUUUACAUAGGAUAGCUGAUCGUGAAGACGUAUGUGGAGAAUUUCAAAUUUUUCCUCCAGAACGAAGGGAAGUGUUUGAAGUGCUGCUUUCUGCACGAGUACUGUAUUUGUGGCGAGAUGGAGAAGCUGGCGAGAGGACCGGCGGAAUUAUGUCCUGUUGAGCAGGGUGAGGAAAAAGAUGUAGCGACGUCCGAUACGGAAGAGCCGGGAGGGGAAGGAAUAGUACAAAUCGCGAAGUCCUCAACAGCUCCAGCUACAGCUGUGCCAUCAAGGGGGCCACCUCCUGUCGUUUCUAUCCCGAACAUUUCCUCUGCUUCCGCCUCUACUUUCCCCACGAGGGUAUCAACUUCAACUCCAAGAACGACCGCGCCUGCUAGCCCCACGACGACCAGUACUUGUAGUACCAGCGAGAGCGACCCGUCUUUAUCAAGAAAACAGGAAAACGAAACAAGAAACGACCAGCAAGACAACCACUACAUCCAGCUCCAGCCCCGUUUCCUCCUGUGGAUGCACUACAAGGAGCAAUUCCGCGCCUCCAACACGGGGAAGCUGCUUUGUCAGCUGUUCGACAACUCAGAAACUUUCGUCCACGGGCACCCGGUGGAGAUGGAAAGGUUUGAGAAAAAAGUCAGGGAGUCGAAGCUGAAAACGUUAGUUCUGUUCCCGACGGAGAACGCUGUGGACGCGGAUAAAUUGACGAUGGGAGAUUUGCGCGCUAGUGUUUGUGAUCAUGUAGGACAGAAACCGCAGCAAGCGCAGGCAGAACCAGAAGCGCCAGUAACAACAGGGAGUGAUCAUGCUCAUGCACAGUCUGCAACACAAACAACGGCUGCAGAUCACUUGUCGCAAGACUUCCUCAACAUCGUCGUUCUUGACGGGACUUGGACCCAAGCGAGGAAACUUUUGAAGUCUAUUUUUCCAAAGAACAAGACACAAAAACAAGCAUCUGAGGAGGAUCGAUCAGUAAGGACAGAAGACGACGCUACGACCGUUGUGGAAGCCACGACCGGCGAUCAUGUUGACACGUCAAGCCGCAUGUCAACCACAAACAGCAAAUUUCUCUUCGUGAAAAUCAAUCCCCAGGAGCUUUCCCGGUUCUGCUGCCGCCGACAAACCCAGCCAGACCGGAUUUGCACCGCGGAGGCGGCGGCGAUGCUGCUGCAGGAGCUGAAGUGUGAGAAAAAAGCGGUGGACAAUGUUUACAAAGGGUUGAAGAUUCUUUGUACCAGCAUGGAUAAGCAGUCGCAUAAGGAUACGAUGAAGUACGUGGCACCCACGAAAAAUCACGUCGGAAGGAACAGAAUGCAAAAAAAUGUGUUUGGAAAACAGGCUUUCGUGUAAUUUGCGUGCUGAUCAUUUUAGAAGCCCUUCUUGCGCGACACAAUCAUACAUAAAACGGUAUUUUUUUUUACCCAAAAUUUAAGUGCGACCAGC